UUUCACCAAUGUUCAAUCACCCGUUUGCAAUAUUUUACUGGCAUAUUUAGAUGGACGAUCCGAACUCAUAGGACAUUGCGACUUGAUAGCUUAAUUUUUUUAAACGAUCAUUUGACUUUGGUUUACUUAUAUAAUCCGCAAUACCUACCCAUCGAAAUAAAAACAGCAGUGAAUAUUUUGUUGCCUGUGAACUUUAAUUUUCCAGCGCACAUUAUCCCAGGACUAUUGGUGUCGUCAUCUUGGCUAUUUUCUAUUUAUCCAGGACCAAUUCUAUUGACUGUAGCUGUGGCUUUAACUGGAGCUGGAAUGGAUGUAACAUUAGAUUUAUGCUAUGAUCUCACGCCAAAUUAUUGGAAUUCAAUAAUGACGAUAAUCAAAAUAAUUGGGAAUACUUCAGGGAUUAUAGAACCUCUAUGUGUGGGGCAUGUUACUCAUGUAUAUGAAAAUACUGCACUUCGGUGGAAAAAUAUUUGGUGUUCACAUGCACUCGUAUUAUUGCUAAGUGGCAUAUUUUACUUAGUAUGGGGCAAAACAGAAACCCAAGCAUGGAAUUUCAGCAGUCAUACUCAGAGGUAUUUAAUAAAAAAACCUUUGUUACCUUUGACAUAGUAAUAAGUAAAAAGGUUUUUUGAAUGAGGGAUUACUGGUGGCCCGGACAUUUAUGCAACUCUUCAAUUUUAAGUAUAAAAACUUAAUUUUUUGUAGUUAGUUAAAUAGCAAAAUCUAAAAACCUCAUAAAAAAGUAUUGCUUACUAUAUUGCUACAUGAACAUGUUGGACCAAAAGGCUUAUUGCAAGAAAACUUUAAAAUUAUUUAAAUUUAACUAACUUUUAGAAAUCACCCAAAGAGUAUUGUUAGAACGAAUCCGUCGACGAUGUCUAAUAUCACCGAAGUGGAGGAAGACGAGAUAGCGAAUACGUAAAGGAAUA